GAGGAAUUUCCGCAAAAGGAGUUUCGUCGAUGAAGAGGAAGACGACGAGCAAGGCAGGAGAUCUGCUUUAGAGGAGGUCAAAUUUCUUCAGAAACAGAGGGAAAAGAAGUUGGGAAUUCCCGCCAUUCCUACCGCAGCGCAACCUGCUCCAGGCGGUGGUCCCGGCGUUUCUAGCAAUGGGAUUACUGGUGGGUCAGCCUCAAAGCCAGUUAGCGACAAGGGAGAAGGAGAUGUCGAGAAGGAUGACCUGGUGUUGCAGGAUACCUUCGCACAGGAAACUGCAGUCAUGGUCGAAGAUCCCAAUAUGUUGAGAUACAUUGAUCAGGCAUUAGCUAAGAAACGGGGCAAGGAUAUUAAUGUAACAAAUGAAGCUGAUGGUGAAGUAAAGGCUGCUGAUGAUGAACUGUACCAGAUUCCAGAGCACCUUAAAGUAAAGAGGCGGAACUCAGAAGAAAGCUCUACUCAAUGGACAACUGGGAUAGCCGAAAUUCAACUCCCCAUCGAGUACAAACUUAAGAAUAUUGAAGACACAGAGGCAGCCAAAAAAAUCCUACAGGAGAAGAGAUUUACUGGUCGGACCAAAAGCAACCUUAGCAUUACAUCAAGUUAUACUGCGGACUACUUUCACCGUGGCAAGGAUUAUGCUGAGAAGCUUCGGAGAGAACAUCCGGAGUUGUACAAGGAUACAAAUGUUGUGGACAAUAGCACUGAAUGUAGUAGAGCUAGUGAUUCUGUUGCGGCAGAUGGAGCAGGUAGAAGACAAGCGGCUACUGAUGAGUUAAUGCUUGAGCGUUUCCGAAAACGAGAACGCCAUCGUGUGAUGAGGAGAUAAUAAAGCAUGUGAAUAACUUGUCAUUACCAUUUGGACUUGCACAUUAACUGUAGCACUACAAGGGCUGUAGUUCCAUUCCAUAUACAUCUGGAUAAGCAUUACUUGUAGCCUUGUAGGGGGUGUCAUGAUGAGCUGUUUUCAUCUUAAUCUGUACAAAUAUUCCAGGAUAAGAUGUAUCUGGUCUCAAGUGGAUAGCUUUAUUUAUCUUUCUAUUAUACAAUAGCUUGUAAUGCUGUGGGAUCUACCUUUCCAAGAGAAUUUGUAUCAAGCCAAAAACUCAAAAUGAUUAUCAAAAUACAAAAUCCACAUUUUAGAAACC